GUAAUUACGGUUCAUAUUCCGGCGAAUAUGAGUCGAGAUGGUUGUCCGAAGAAUCUCCUCGUUGAAAUAGAGAAUCGAAGUAUCGUCAAACCGUUCAUCGGGGGUUAUGUGCAUAAGAAAACUGGCGUCGAGUAUCAUGAUGCAUUCUCGCAAACGGGUCCGAGUGAUGAAAAAAUCUCAAAAUUGCAGGAAAAAUUGACGCGCGACACACAAACCGUCGAAGUUGCUGUCACGGGAGCUGAAACGCUGCUGGAUCAUGCCGUGCAAGUGUAUGGCGCAGCGAAAAAAUUCACUUUUGAGUCGCAAACAUCGCAAGAAUACGAAAUUAUCCCCGAAGAAUACGAAACUUAUGAAGAAGCACAAAAACGAAUGGACCUCGAGCAAAAAGUUCGGUUGAUUCAACGCAACUUUCGACGUCACAUGUGGCAACAAUUGAUCAAAUUCAGUGCAGCGGCAUGGCGAGCUCGAUGUGCAACGCUGGAAAAGAGCGAAAGUGAUCGGCAAGACGAAUAUGUCGCUCGUCACGAAGAAAGUUGCAUCAAAAAAUCCCAUCCGAAGACAAAACAAGACUUUGAUCUCCUUUACGCGCAAGUCGAGUCAUGGAAAGAAUCCGAAAUUGCAAGAAUUAACGAGCAAUUCACAGGUGCGCCAAAAAUUGCCGAACUAAAUGCACUUCUGGACAAGGAAAUAAAACUCCUGAACGAAAUUCAGCAUCAGAGAUUCAUGCUGCGAAAAGAACUGGAGAACGAAAAAGCCGCCAAACUCUUGGAUAAAUUGGGCAAACCCGUUUCUUGGGUCACGAGUAAGAAUAAAAAGAUCGAAAUGGAUACGUUGAGCACCCAAAGAGCGCGAUUCCUCACGAAAUAUUACGUGGAAAUGAAAAAAACUGUCGGUCCGGAGGAGAGAUUGAAGAUUUUGGCUCACGUGAUGCCCGUGGUUUACAGAGAAGAACAUUCCAAAGUGCCGCCGUUGCUGGAAAUGAUCGAACGCGAGAAAAAUAUGUUGAUUUGUGGCGUCGAUAUGGAUAGCUUGGAAGGUCUGAGACGAAGAGAAGCGAUAUUGAUGAUGGAAAUUAUCAAAAAUGAGGAGAAUGAAAGACGGGAAAAACCAAAGAUGAAAUUAUGCGGCAAAUGUCACGUGGUUCGCCCCAUUAUAGAAUUCGCGAUGCAAACGCGUCAAACGAACGCCAGCAUGUGUCAACGUUGUUCAAGUCUCAACGAACCGCCCGUCGACCAAACCGUAUAUUUAUCCAUCCUUCGAUCGAUUCGUCGCGAUGAACGUCGUCGCGGUGCCUUAUCCUCGUACGCUUUCAUCAUUCAAGAAACUGACAUCAAGUACAUUGUCGAGAACAUUUGGCACGGUCACUCGAUUCUGAGUCAAUGUGCAGCUCGAAGCGAUUUGCGGAUGCCCCGAUUUUACAUCAACGAGGAUUGGAGUCCGUGGAAUUGUGUUUUAUUGACGGAGAACGAGGCACGUCUCCAUGUCAAAAUCGAAGAUCUGGAAUACGUUUACGAGGAAAAUGUGAUGCGCGACAUAAAAAAUAAACAUGAACUCGCGCGCGGAGCAUUUCGACAAUUACGCGAUGUCGAUGAUGUUUUCGUUGAAAGCGGCGAAUGGUGGGAUGCGGGAAUGCAAGAAGGCGGUUAA